AGGACAUGUAAGGAAAAUACAAUUUGAAUUUUUUGCAAGAUAUAAAGCCCCCUCGGCGCCUAAGGUUAAAACCACGCUGUUGCAACCUUUGGAUAUUAAGGCGUGCGCGGCCGCUUCUGCCUCUCUUAAAUUACAAUAACUUAAUUUUUUGCCUAUUGAAGGAAAAGCAAUUACUGUUUUGUAGUAACUGGUAGUCCAGUAAAUUCUGAAGCUUCCGUUUCAUUGACACAAAAAAUAGUUGGUAAUUGGAGUAAUUUAGGGUCGUACUGUCUCAAAGCAGGCGCUCCAUUUAAAAUUGAUAUCUGUAAAAAAAAAUGUAGCUAUUUUGUGACAAACAAAAAAUGGAACUACCCCUUUUGCCAACUGCAUGGCCUUUAUGGCAACUUUAGGUGAAGUUUCAAGUUGCAUGACCACAACACCAGCCGAAAUUAUGUCAUUUUUGGCCAAUUCGACAUCUUCAACGCUCAAUUCUUUAUUAGCACCUGCUACAAUAACAAUUUGAUUAUCACCAAUUUCAGAAACGGUAAUUUGUGCGAUUCCGCUGGAAAAAUUCGGCGUUUUUUUCACGUAUUUAGUCUCAACAUUUUGAUCUUUUAAAUUGGCGAUAUAUCUUUCACCCCAUACAUCAUCUCCCACCUGAAAUUUUUUUAUAAAAUGGGGGCAAAAUGUUAGUUUACGUACUUACUCUGGCAAUUAGAGUGGUUUUACCCCCUAGCUUGGCUGCAGCGACGCACUGGUUGGCCCCUUUGCCUCCAAAAUUUGUAACGAAUUUGGUGCCAUGAAUGGUUUCGCCUUUUUUAGGUAAACGCGGCGCGUAACUACAAAUAGAGAUGUUUUUGCAUUUUUUUGGUUAUGUAUUUACCUAACGAAAUCUAUCAUGCAAGAACCAACAACGACAAUGGAAUCGGACAUGUUUAGUGUUAUCUUAUCCUAUGUUAUCUAUAUGUAACACUAAAACUGGAGUAUAUUUUAUUUGAAGAUAAACAGGAAGUGUCAUGUUUAGUAGGUUCUAACCUCAGAAUAAUAAAGCAAUAGUCGGGGAAUUAGCGCGAAUUAAAUACUGUUAAAUACGAAUUAAUCCAUUAUUUCGUGUUAUUUUUAUGAAAACGAAUUUGAGUUUUAUUUGGAUUUAAAAUUAUUAUUUUCCCCAUAUUUUUAAUCAGAAGCGCCGCCUAACGGUCAUCUGUCAACUUGUUGCUCCUCUCAAGCCCUAACCUUAAAAUUUAUUUAUUUUUCUUCAUAUAAAUAUGAGUCAUGGCUAAAAUUUUUAACGCAAUAAUUGUGGCGAUCUUUGUUUGUUGCUUCAAAUAUUCGGACGGUAGUGUAUGUAUUUCGGAAGAAGGCCAGUGCCUUUGUCGAAUCAAUGAAAAUAGUAGAAUAGACUUGAACCAAAUUUGGGAAAAUAGUCUCGUUGAUAGCGACAGCUCAGGCAAUAGUUUCUAUUUUUGGGGAUGCAGAGAUGGGACCCAAAAUAUAACAUUUAACGGCACUGUGAAAUCUGUCACCGGUUCGUUGAUUUGGGCGAACGCUUCUGUCGCCAAGCCUUUAGGAUUUAAGAAAGAAAUACGAUUUCAUCUCCUCGACGAGAAAGAAAAGUUUUACGAAAUUGUUUACAAAGAGGGGCAAAAUGUCAAGGCUUCAAUUCACCUCGUUUGUACUCCUGAAGACACGUUUAUUAAAAUUCUGAAUGCAAACAGUACAAAUCCCCAGUUAGCGUUAGGUUCGCCUCAUGCUUGUGUUAUAACUGAAAAGACGGGUCUGAGUACGGGUUCAGUCCUCCUUUUAAUAUGCUUUAUUUCGUUUGGGAUCUACUUCAUUGGAGGAAUGCUCAUUUUGUAUUUCAUGAGAGGUGCAAGAGGGCUGGAAACGAUUCCAAAUAUAGAUUUUUGGAGAAGUUUGCCAGGAUUAGUGAAAGAUGGCGUAAUUUUUCUUUUCAGUGGCUGCAGUGCCAGUUCUAUUACAACACCAGAAACUUACGACAGAAUUUAGCGAUAUUUUUUUAGGUGUUUUGCGACUGAGUGAUUUUUGUGUUUGUAUAAAUUUAUAAAAUAAAGUUACUUUAAGUAAA